AUGACCCUCACAUACGAUGACUACACGGUCGCAUGGAUCUGUGCGUUGCCGCUAGAAAUGGCUGCUGCAAAAAUGAUGCUUGACGAGUCCCAUCCUCUACUGGUCCAACCGAAAACCGACCAUAACGCUUACACACUUGGGAGUAUUAGCGGUCACAAUGUGGUGAUAGCAUGUCUGCCGUCCGGCGUAUAUGGGACGAUAUCUGCUUCCACUGUGGUGUCCCACUUGGUUUCUACCUACACAAACAUCCGCUUUGGACUGAUGGUCGGCAUUGGGGGUGGAGUUCCCAGCAACAAUGCUGACAUUCGCCUUGGCGAUGUAGUGGUAAGUAAGCCAACGGCAACCUCAGCGGGUGUUAUCCAAUAUGACUAUGGCAAAAUGUUGCAUGAUGGACAAUUCCAGCCUACUGGGUCACUCAAUAAACCGCCGCCGAUGUUGUUGAAGGCUAUGGCUCAAAUGGAAAGCGACUAUAUGACAGGGAAGAGACUGGUUAGCAGGACCAUGAUCGAUGCACUGCAGAAAAAUGAGGAGAUGAGAGAACAGUUUUCACGGCCUCAGAAUGAUUGGCUAUUUCAACCAACAUACAACCACAAAGAGAUUAGAUCCAACUGUUCAGAAUGUGAUCAGUCUCAGCUAGUGAACCGCCCUCCCCGAAUAUCUAAUGACCCUUACAUUCACUAUGGCUUGAUUGCUUCUGGAGAUCAAGUGAUGAAAGAUGCAAGCACUCGGGAUUUAAUUGCCCAAAAUCUGGAUAUUCUCUGUUUUGAAAUGGAGGCUGCUGGACUCAUGGAUGAGCUCCCUUCACUAGCUAUUCGAGGGAUCUGUGACUACUGUGAUUCCCAUAAACAAAAGCAGUGGCAGGGAUAUGCUGCCCUUGCUGCUGCUGCUUACGCCAAGGCUCUCCUGUUAAAGGUUCCGAUUUACCAUCGCAAGCAGGAACCACCCAAAUCAAUAGAACCAGUUUGGGCAGUCCCUUUUGGGAAGAACCCACGAUUUAUAGGUCGUGAAUCUGAAAUUACAGAAAUUGAGGGUCUUAUAAUGCAAUCGCAUGGACCAUCCAAAAUUGCAAUCUGCGGCCUUGGAGGUGUUGGAAAGACGCAAAUUGCCCUUGAAUUAGCUUACCGCAUGCGCGAGCAAGAGUCCAGUUACUCAAUUUUCUGGAUCCCAUGUACAAGCUAUGAGAGUGUUGAACAGGCCUACAUGACCAUCGCACAUAAAGUAGGGAUCCACAGUGUGAAGCCAGCAGAGGCGAAAGACCGAAUAAAGGUUUAUCUCAGUCAGGAGAGAGCAGGAAAGUGGCUCMUUAUCUUUGAUAAUGCAGACGAUAUGGAUAUGUGGAUACAAAGCAGCACCGGUGCCCCAGUACUAACAGAUUUACUCCCUCAAAGUGAGCAAGGGCGCAUCCUAUUCACUACUCGAAAUCGAAAGCUUGCUGUGAAAUUAGCAUCUUCUCAUGUGAUAAACAUUUCCGAGCCAGAUACAGAGGCGGCUUUGAAGCUUCUAGGAAAGUUACUAAUCAGAAAACAACUCCUUAAUGAUCGUGAUGCAGCCAUUGAUCUUCUUCAUCAGCUGGCACUCCUUCCACUGGCAAUUGCCCAGGCAGCAGCAUUCAUUAAUGAAAAUAAUAUUAGGCUCUCUGAAUACACUGCACUUCUACAGGAGCAGGAGCCAGAUGUGAUUGGGCUGCUGAGUGAACACUUUGGGGAUGAAGGGCGAUAUAAAGACAACCAGAAUCCAGUGGCUACCACCUGGUUAAUCUCCUUUCACCAGAUUCAGCGAUUGAAUCAAACUGCUGCUAAUUAUCUAUCGUUCAUGGCCUGUAUAAACGCUCAGGAUAUCCCACAGUCUUUGCUUCCCCCUGCCAUGUCUAAAAAGGAGGCAAUUGACGCCAUUGGCCUCCUCAAGGCAUUCUCCUUCAUCAGUGAGCAGGCUGGAAACCAUUUUCUGAGUCUCCAUCGACUGGUCCGCCUUUCAACUCGGAACUGGUUGAGAAAGAAUCGACUAUUUGGCCAGCAGGUAUUGAACACAGCGGACCGAUUAAGCGAGAUCUUCCCCAGUGAUGACUAUACUAAUCGGAAGCUAUGGCGGGAAUAUCUACCACAUGCCCUUUCAUUAAUUAAAGAAGGUGACUUUCAGAAAAGGCAGGAAAAAUACAUCGAUUUGGUUCAGAAAAUUGGGCAGUGCCUGUAUAGUGAUGGCAGAUACACUGAAGCGGCUGUUGUCUUUAAGGACGCCCUGAGAGUGCAAAAAAAGAAGUGUGGUGAUAUGGAUCCUUCAACACUUACCAGCAUGGCCUGGCUAGCAUCCACAUACCGAAACCAAGGGCGAUGGAAGGAAGCAGAGGGACUUGGAGUGCUGGUAAUGAAUACCCGCAAACAAGUGCUUGGCCAAGAGCACCCCUCCACCCUAGACAGCAUGGCCAACCUGGCAGCAACAUACCGGAACCAAGGACGAUGGAAGGAAGCAGAAGCACUAGUAGUGCAGGUGAUGAAGAUGCGGAAGCGGUUGCUAGGCCCAGAUCACCCUUCCAGCCUGAACAGCAUGGCCAACCUGGCAGCAAUAUACCGAAGCCAACGGCGAUUGCAGGAAGCGGAAACGCUGGUAGAGCGGGUAAUGAAUACCCGCAAACAAGUGCUUGGCCAAGAGCACCCCUCCACYCUAGAYAGCAUGGCCAACCUGGCAGCAAUAUACCGGAACCAAGGACGAUGGAAGGAAGCGGAAGCACUGACAGAGCAAGUGAUGAAGAGGCGCAAGCAGUUGCUGGGCCCACAGCAUCCUUCCACUUUGAACAGCAUGGCCAACCUUGCCAAUACCUGGAAAUCCCUAGGAAGGAUUAAAAAGGCCAUAGCGUUGAUGGAAGAUUGUGUUGUACUCCGCAAUAAAGUAUUGGGGCUUGGCCAUCCAGAUGCCCUAUCCUCCUCACGCACACUGGGUAAAUGGAAAAGAGAAUUGGAGCAAUCACAGGCACCUAGUCGAAGGAUCAGAUAA